GCCCGCCUUCCAGGAGGUGGCAGAGCGCAGCGGAGGGGCUCCGUUGGGAUACUAGAGAGUGGAGGAGAAGCAAAGGAAAGUUUGCCACCAACUUUGCAGCAGAGCAGAAGAGGCUCCCCCGGUUCAGCCCCAGCUAUGCUGGCGUUGGGUGGGCAGCUGGGGCGAGGAGGGCUAGCUGGGUCUCCUUAGGGGAUCUCCUUCCUCCCAGCCAAAGCAGGGGAGCAGCUCCAGAGGAGGAGGAGGAGGAGGAAGGGGAGCCCUGUGCGCCAGGAAGGAUGAGCCUGCUCUCCGCCAUCGACACCAGCGCUGCCUCCGUCUACCAGCCCGCCCAGCUCCUCAACUGGGUCUACCUCUCCCUGCAGGACACGCACCAGGCCAGCGCCUACGAUGCCUCCCCGGAGCCUCCGGCCUCCUCUUCUCCUCCUCCUCCCCAGAGCCACCACCACCACCAGCCGCCGCCCCCUCCGCCGCCCCCGGAGCUCAGCUACCCCUCCCGCAAGGCAGCGCGCCGAGCUGGGCUCCUCCCUCAACUCCAGCUCUCAACGCUUUCCGCUCCGAGGAACGAGGCACUGAGCAACAGUCUAUACAAGAGCGCUUCUCCCUAUGGCUCCCUGAAUAACAUCGUAGAUGGCUUGAGUUCCCUCACUGAACAUUUCUCUGACAUCUCUCUCUCAUCAGAAGCUAGAAAACCCAGCAAGAGACCACCACCCAACUACCUGUGCCAUCUUUGCUUUAACAAGGGACACUACAUCAAGGAUUGCCCACAGGCACGUCCAAAAGGAGAAGGCUUGACACCAUACCAGGGGAAAAAACGCUGCUUUGGUGAAUAUAAAUGCCCAAAGUGCAAGAGAAAAUGGAUGAGUGGAAACUCCUGGGCUAACAUGGGACAAGAAUGUAUCAAGUGCCACAUUAAUGUCUAUCCUCACAAGCAGAGACCCCUGGAAAAACCUGAUGGCCUGGAUGUCUCCGAUCAAAGUAAAGAACAUCCUCAGCAUCUGUGUGAGAAAUGCAAAGUGUUGGGCUACUACUGCCGUCGCGUGCAAUGAACACACCCAGGGAUUGCCUCUGCUACCAUCUAUGGAGAAAUUUUGGCAGCACACAACAGUCAAAAGGAAGCAGGGGAGAUGGGGAGAGAAAAUGUCAGACCAGAACCCCAUACAUCGCCAAUAUUUCCUAUCAAUAACUAAUAAUAUGCCUUACCUUUUAAUAGAAUGUAACCCUUUUCCUGUGUAUGUGUAUACAUGCAAGUUGUAUUUAUAGGACUACAGUGUGUUGUGUGUGUGUGAGAGAGAGAGAGAGAAACACAGAAGUUACUGGCACAGAUUACCAAGCUCUGCAAUUGUAUGACCUCCAUUUAAGUCUUGCAUGACAGCCCCUUGCAAGUUCUGUUCAAAUGACUAGAGGCAGGGUUGUGCAGUAGCAGUUCUUGAUGGACUGUGCCUGUUCUGUCCGUGAAGGAAUCACAAAGGUGGUUUCUACAAAUUGUUUACACAGUUACAGUAUCCUGCCCAGGCGAAACAACUUUGGUUGUCCAGAGAGCUACAGAGUGCCAUGGAGAUAACAGUGUCAUGGAGAUACAGGUGGACAAUGUUAACAGUGUUUACAGGCAGUGUGUUCAGUAGAAUUCUUUUUGACUUUAGGGUUGGUCUGAAAAUUCCAUCCAUUUAUUUAGGGGCUUGACGGACGGGCAGCUCCAUGCCACCCUUCUUUGCCCUGCAUCAUUGCUGCAGCAACCAAAUGGUGUGGCAACGAUGCGCUUCCUCUUGAGAGCAAAAAGAAGCUGCUGAAAGCAGCUUACUGCAAGGGCUGCAACUGGCACACUCGCAUGCCCUGAUCAUGCCACUUCUGGCCACCGCUGUUUGGGCACUGCACAAUGCUCUCGCCAUCAUGGCGCCACCCAUGUAGAUAGGGGCGAGCCAUUAUGGCGGCCUCCUCGCGUACUAGGGCUACUGGACAUGUAAAUGCCCAGCCUCAUCUAGCCCUAGUUCAUGGUAAGGAUGCCACAAAGUGCCCGUCUGUACUGGGCCUUACUUUCCAAGCAGAGGUUGUAAAAGCUACUUUUUUUUUUCAGAUUUACAAAACUCAAAAUCUCCCAGCCAGCAUGACCACUGGCAAAUAACUUUUACAUGCUCUGUUUCCAAGAAUCCUCCAGGGCCACUGAACUGACACUUUUGGUGGGCUUCCAGUUAAGAGAAUCUGAGGGUUCAAAAGAACAAGUGAAUAAUUGUCUGCGGAUGUGGUUUGCAUGGCGAUGUAAUGUUAGAACAGGAAGGGUCAUUCAGGAAUUUGUAUUUCAUAGGCAGCAAACUUAAAUAUGUUUACUUAGAUGUAUGUUCCAUAGAAAUUGACAUGUCUUCUUGUGAAUAAGUGCACUUAAGAUACAUUCAUUUUGCAGGUUCACCAUUACCAUCCUCCUUUUCACAAUUAUGCCAGGUUCUCUUUUCUUUCUUUGCUACACAAGUGGCGGCUAAAAUUCCUGUCAUUAUUGAGUCACAUAGCCAACAUUUUUAUGUAGUCAACAGGACAAAUGCUACUUUGUUCUCAUCAUAGCAAGCUCUCCCUGUCCAGCUCCCUAACCACCACCACACAUCAUCCCCACUCCUGUUUCUCUGCUGCCAUCCUUCAUAUAUCCUCUUGUGUGCAUUUUGGUCAAUAAUUUCCAUUAGAGUAGAGCUUGUGUGCUUUUUUCCCCCUUACAGUGAAAAUGAGGCAUCACCUGCUGAUAAGCCAGACACCUAGUGAUAGUAGGAGGCCUGAUGGUAUAUUCUGAGGACUAUUUUGGAGUGUGGAGAUUGCCUGACUUUUUACUGUUUCACACAUUUCUCCUAUCACAUAGCCCUCUCUGGAAAUUACAGUGGCAUGGUGGCACUCCCUGCGGGAUAUUUUCAUAACCAAGAUAAGCUAUAUGGUGGAGGAUCUUGUGGCAGAUAGAUGUUUUGGCAUUGGUAUGAAAAUUGCCAUGUGAAUGGGCCACACCUAUUAAUAGCCACCAAGUGGAGUGCCAUUGCCACCAUGCCAAAGACUUUUGGGUGACCUCCACAUGGAAGAUAUCUGAAUUAGUCUUGAGCACAGAAUAGCAGAACAGGGCACGCCAUAUGUAAUUAAUUUGGUUUUGUCCCAGUUUCUCACUGUCCAUUUGGCUCAUGUUUUGCUGAAUGUCAAAUUGCAAGCUCAGCCACAAGAAAAGCUGUACCAUAACUGGUUAAAACACUAAAUUCACUAUCAGUAACAAGAAGUAGUUAUCCAGAAUUUAACUGAAAAAUUACAGAGGGAUUUUCUAGCACUUUUGAGACUGGGUGAAAGAAGUUGGUAGCAUAAGCUUUUGUAGACUUGAGGGCCAAAACAGACAGGCCAAAUUAAAGCUGCUUCAGGUCACUUUGGAUUUAUG